GCAAUAAUGUAGUCAUUCCGAACGGCGGGAAUUUGACGGUCUCACGGUGGCAACAACUCGGCCUGCAAUUUGGAUCGCAUGGCCGCAUCGAUCGGGUUCAUCAGCUCGUGUUCCGAGCGAUCACAGAAUUGGACACGUUUGGGAAGCUCUCAUGUGUCAUGUGGGCUUAUCGACAGUACACAGAGAAUACAGAACUUUGACACCAACCCGAUUUACGCAGUGCUUCACGAGUCUAUCUACUGCACAGCGCGUCAUUCAGAAGAAAAAGUGAGGCUCAUGUCCGAUGAUGUCCCCAUUUACUUCACGGGGGAGAUGAUAUUCCCCGACAUGUUCGAAGACUAUCAUCAUCUACGUCCCCUGUGAGGCGCGACCGAACUGUUGGCUAACGAUGAAGAUUGGCCCAUGUUGUAAGACAAAGAGGCCCUGAAAAAGAACCAAGUAAAAGUAAACGCUACAACCUAUUAUGACGACAUGUAUGUCGAUUUUGGUCUUGUGCAACAGGCAACAUCCGUCAUCGGCAACGUGGAACAACUCAUCCCCAAUCAGAGUUUCCAUGACGGUAUACGCAAGCACAUGGAAAGCAUCUUUUCGAGCUGUUUGAACGGGAGCGCGAUUAGAACCAAUUUCCCUGAAGCAGCGAGUAGCCUAUGAUGUGGCAUUUUGGGAUCGAGA